AUGCCCCCUUCUUGGAAUGCAGCUGGCAUGGAACGAGUCAAUCUGCUCACUCUGUAUAUUUUCUGGCACAUUCACUUGACUUCUUCUUGGUCGGUGAAUAACUUUCUAAUGACUGGACCGAAGGCUUUCCUGACCUACGCCAACAGCGUCCAAGUGGGCGCACGGAUGGGCAUCCAUGAGUGCAAACACCAAUUCGCUUGGGAAAAGUGGAACUGCCCAGAGAAAACACUACAAUUAUCCACUCACAUCAGCCUCCGAAGUGCCACAAAAGAGACUUCUUUCCUGCAUGCGAUCAGCGCCGCGGGAGUGAUGUACACGCUCACCAAGAAUUGCAGCAUGGGGGACUUCGAAAACUGUGGCUGUGAUGACUCCAGGAUUGGUCAACCAGGGGGAAGAGGAUGGAUUUGGGGAGGCUGCAGUGACAAUGUGGAGUUUGGAGAGAAGAUAUCUAAACAUUUUGUUGACGCGCUGGAAGGUGGGCAUGACUCACGCGCAGCUGUCAACCUGCAUAACAAUGAGGCGGGCAGACUGGCAGUCAAGGCAACCAUGAGGAAAGCGUGCAAGUGUCACGGCGUGUCUGGAAGCUGCAGCAUCCAGACCUGCUGGAUGCAGCUGGCUGACUUUAGAGAGGUGGGGAACUACCUGAAGAUGAAACAUCAGCGGGCAAUGAAGCUGGAACUGGACAAAAAACCCGCAAAGGCGGGGAACAGCGCAGUCAACCGGGGGAUCAUUGCGCACACCUUACGGCGCAUAGCCAAGACUGAACUCAUUUACCUGGAGGAUUCCCCCAAUUACUGCGUCAAGAACCAAAGUCUGGGAGUGCAGGGCACCGAGGGACGUGAGUGCAUGAAGGGAGAGAAGAACUUGCCCCAGAAGGAGAAGAAAAGCUGCCGCAGUUUGUGCAACGAGUGCGGCUUCAGAGUGGUGCAAAAGCGCGUUGAAGUGGUGAGCAGCUGCAACUGCAAGUUUCACUGGUGCUGCACGGUCAGGUGCGAAAAAUGCAUGCAAGUGGUCACAAAGUAUUACUGCGCGCGCAAAGAAGGUGGGAAGAGACAGGUCAAUAAAACAAAGCGCAGGGACCGUGCGCAAAGACACUGA